AUGUCUCCCCGCACUACCUUCCCUGCUCCCCGCCCCCUUGUUACUGAGCUCUCCCUCCUUCUCUCUCCACCCCCACCCCUUUCUCUCUCUCCCCCCCCACCCCUUUCUCUCUCUCCCCCCCACCCCUCUCCCCCCCCCUCUCUUCCCCCCCCCUCUUCCCCCCCCCCUCUUCCCCCCCCCUCUUCCCCCCCCCCUCUCCCCCCCCCCUCUCCCCCCCCCUCUUCCCCCCCCCCUCUCCCCCCCCCCCUCUUCCCCCCCCCCUCUUCCCCCCCCCCUCUUCCCCCCCCCCCUCUUCCCCCCCCCCUCUUCCCCCCCCCUUUCCCCCCCCCCCCCCCCCCCCCUCUUCCCCCCCCCUCUCCCCCCCCCCCCCCCCCCCUCUCCCCCCCCCCCUCUUCCCCCCCCCCUCUUCCCCCCCCCCCUCUUCCCCCCCCCCUCUUCCCCCCCCCCUCUUCCCCCCCCCCUCUUCCCCCCCCCUCUUCCCCCCCCCCUCUUCCCCCCCCCCUCUUCCCCCCCCUCUUCCCCCCCCCCUCUUCCCCCCCUCUUCCCCCCCCCUCUUCCCCCCCCUCUUUACUCCCCCCCCCCUCUUCCCUUCCCCCCCCCUCUUCUCCCCCCCCCUCUUCCCCCCCCCCCCCUCUUCCCCCCCCCUCCUCCCCCCCCCCCUUUCCCCCCCCCCUCUUCCCCCCCCCCCUUUCCCCCCCCCCUCUCUCUCCCCCCCCCUCUUUCCCCCCCCCCUCUUUCCCCCCCCCCCCCCUCUUUUCCCCCCCCCCCUCUUCCCCCCCCCCCUCUUCUCCCCCCCCCUCUCUCCCCCCCCCCCUCUUUCCCCCCCCCCCUCUUUUCCCCCCCCCUCUUCCCCCCCCCCCCUCUCCCCCCCCCCCCCCCCCCCCUCUCCCCCCCCCCUCUUUCCCCCCCCCUCUCCCCCCCCCCCUCUACCCCCCCCCUCUUUCCCCCCCCCCUCUACCCCCCCCCCUCUUCCCCCCCCCUCCCCCCCCCCUCUUUUCCCCCCCCCCUCUUUCCCCCCCCCCUCUUUCCCCCCCCCCCCCCUUCCCCCCCCCUCUUCCCCCCCCCCUCUUUCUCUUCCCCCCCCCCUCUUUCCCCCCCCCCCCCCUCUUUCCCCCCCCCCCCCCUUCCCCCCCCCCCUCUUUCCCCCCGCCCCUCUUUUCCCCCCCCCCUCUUUCCCCCCCCCCCUCUUUCCCCCCCCCCCCCUCUUUCCCCCCCCCCCUCUUUCCCCCCCCCCCCUCUUCCCCCCCCCUCUUCCCCCCCCCCUCUUUUUCCCCCCCCUCUUCCCCCCCCCCCUCUUCCCCCCCCCCUCCCUCUUUCCCCCCCCCCCCCCCUCCCCCUCUUUCCCCCCCCCCUCUUUCCCCCCCCCCCCCUCUUCCCCCCCCCCCUCUUUCCCCCCCCCCUCUUCCCCCCCCCCCGCCUCCUCUUUCCCCCCCCCCUCUUUCCCCCCCCCCCCUCUUUCCCCCCCCCCUCUUCCCCCCCCCCCCCUCUCCUCCCCCCCCCCCUCUCCCCCCCCCCUCUCCCCCCCCCCCCUCUCGCCCCCCCCCCUCUCUCCCC